CGUUGACAGUGAUAGGUGACAGUAGAGCUAACGAUUGUACAUAUUUAAUUUUAUUAAUUGUGUAAUGUGAACCAAAUAAUGAAAGAAAUAUAAAUUAUUAUUUACUAUAAUCACAAUCUUAAGUAAUAUUUUAUGUUCUAAACAUAUUUUACAUCAAAAAGUCUUUUUGAAACAAACUCAUUUUCGAAGUCUAAAAAUGAACUGCUUACGAUUACUAAGAAGCCACAACAUACGAUUAUUACAGAACCAAGCAAUUCUCAGAAUAUCUAGGCUCAGUUACGUCUCACAGCAUCCUAAUAAAUUCAUCGAAACCCAAAACAGACUACGAGAAAACGACGGAGUUUCGAAACAAUGGCAAUUAAUAUACAAAGCGCCUAUGGAGAAGAUUUUGCAGUUUGCGACGGCUUACUUAACUUUUUCUCUUGCAACGAUUUCUUGUGGCUUAGUGUAUUAUUCAGUUUUUAUAUUUGACACAGCUACAAUGUACGAGCCCGUUAUAUUAGGGGAUGAUGUUGUAAUUGCAAAUAAUUCAAUGGAAUGUCUGAUUUAUUUGGGAUCAUUUGUAUUAUUACAUGCAGCUGUGAAACUCCUUUUGUCUAAAUAUGUUGUCCGUUUGUAUCAAAAAGGUGAUAAUUAUUUGGCCAUUUUUAGAGGUCACACAUAUAGUUCAAUUAAUAAACAUGAAUUUCACUUAAAUGAGUUUAAAAAGUUGAAACCUUCAUCAAUCGUAACUUGGAGUGAUGCAAGAUUUGCUCUUGGAAAAAAGAAAGGAAUUCUUCUUGAGGAUUAUUUUAAAACUCCAGAAUAUUUUAACUAUUUAUUAUAUAAAAGAAAUGCACCUGAUUCUGAUGACCAUUAAGAAGAGUUAUAAUCUGUUUUAACUAAAUGUAAAUAAAAUAGCUAAGUGAUAA